AUGGCGCCAAAGUCACUCCCAGUAGAAGAGAAAAGUGCCCAGAACAACAACGGGGCAACAAUCCAGGAAAGCCAUACUGGAUAUGGAGAUGGUCAGGUCUCACGAAAGGUGACUGGUGCUAGAUGGUUUAUCGUCAACCUGGCUGUUCUAUCAGCCACCUUCUUGUAUGCCUUGGUAACACGGUGAUGGCCAACGUGCGACCUAGUAUCAUCGAGACAUUUGGAAAUCGAGUCGAUACACUGGCCUGGCUAUCAAUAUCGUAUCCCAUGGGAGAAGUGGGAGCGAACCCUCUGUGGUAUGAACUCUCUCCAAAUUUUCACUACGAUUUGGAUGUGCUAUAAUUCUGACAGCGUAUCUAAACAGGGCAAAGUUCUAUGGGCAGGUGAACAACAAGUUGCUUUAUCUCUCCGCUCUGCUGAUAUUCGAAGUGGGCUCCGUUGUCAUCGCUUCGGCUCAGUCCAUCGAUGGGCUACUCAUAGCUCGAGCUGUGGCUGGACUAGGUGGCUCGGGCAUUUAUGUAGGCACACUUAAUAUUUUGACUGCCAUGACAACACCUGCUGAGCGAAACCAAUACUUGAACUUUGUCGGAAUAGCUUGGAGUCUGGGGACAAUUCUGGGCCCAGUUGUCGGCGGUGCAUUUGCCGACUCGAGUGCGACAUGGAGAUGGGCUUUCUACCUGAACAUCUGUAUUGCAGGGCUCACGACUCCAGCCUGUAUCUGGACUUGUCCCUCCUGUCCUACCUUCAUCUUCUGAGAAACUCUGGAACCGCAUCAGGUGAAUAGACUUUCUGGGAGCUUUGUUAUUUUUAGGAGGCGUCAUGACAAUUGUCAUGGUCCUCGGGUUCGGUGGUGCCAAAUACGAUUGGAAAAGUAAACAAAUGAUCGGCCGGUACGUCGGGACAGUGGUAGCAUGGGCUUUGUUCAGUCUACAGCAACGUUUCAACAUUCUCACGGUUGAUCGAAUCUUCCCCAUUCACUUCAUCGGGGACUGGCUGAUGGUGGGCUUAUUUGCUUGGACUGCCAUUUCCACCGCAAAUAUUGUUGUCACAAUCUAUUCCCUGCCUCUUUUCUUUCAAUUUACCUUUGGCGACUCGUCGUUAAAACCCGCAGUUUAUACUCUCCCAUUUGUCUUCACUGCUGUUGCAGGCGGAGGCGUUAGUGGACCAUUACUUCCGCGAUUUCCAGUCUACAUGGCCUGGUUCAUAGGCGCUAGCUCACUUAUGCUCAUGGGAAACGGGUUACUUUCUACAAUUAACAGCACUUCCUCCCGUGGUGCCAUUUGCGGAUACACUGUCAUCCAGGGACUAGGGGUUGGCCCUGUGAUUCAACUCGGCUAUACUAUUGGACAAUUGAAAGUAGCAAAAUCCGCUAUUCCCGAGGUCACAGCAUUCUUGUCUUGUGCACAGAUGGCUGGUUUUACAUUAUCGCUUGGAAUUUCGACCUCCGUGUUUUUGGGGGGCGCAACAGGUGAUAUAUCUGAUAUACUCCCUACGACCUCGCGGAGCUUGAUCCAGUCUACCAUUAAUGGAGUCAAGACAGGUUUGAUUCAAGAUCUUACUGUUGAAGUUCGUCAAAGGGUUCUCGACGCAAUUGCAUUGAAUGUUGGGAAAAUGUUCUAUCUAAACGUUGCAGGUUCGGCGAUGGGGUUUGUGACUGCAAUGUUCAUGAGGCGGGAAAGAGUUAAUAUUGUAG